AUGAACGUCGGCUGGUACACUCAGGACCGUACGGCGACGUCGACGGUGCAGUUCGGCACCAAGCCGCCCUUCACCGGCAACGCGACGGGCGUGGCGAACGAGUGGUUCUCCGGCUACGGCUUCAACCACUUUGCGGUGCUCCGUGACCUCCUCCCCGGCACCCGCUACUACUAUCGGUGCGGUGACGCGUCCGGCGGGUGGAGCGCGGUGUACUCGUUCGUGACUCCUCCGGACAACACCAACACGCCCUUCACCAUCGCCAUUUACGGCGACAUGGGCAUCGUGAACUCGCAAAACACGGCCAAUGGCGUCAACAGCAAGUCCCUCAACGACGAGAUCGAUUGGGUGUACCACGUCGGCGACAUCAGUUAUGCGGAUGACCACGUGUUUGAUUUCCAGAACACCUGGAACACGUGGGCAGGAAUGAUGGAGAACACCACCUCCAUCAAGCCCUACAUGGUCCUCCCCGGCAACCACGAGUACACGAGCUGGGAUCCGUUCCUGUUCUUCGAGACCCACAACUUCGUGGUCUACAACCACCGGUUCAUGAUGCCGGGUUCGACGUCGGGUGCGCAGAAGAGCAUGUACUACUCGUUCGAUUACAGCAACGUGCACUUCAUCUCCCUCUCGACCGAGACCAGCUACCCCGACGCACCCUUCGGCAAUGACUUUGGCGAUCAGCUCUCGUGGCUCGAGGCGGACCUGGCGAAGGCCAACCAGAACAGGCACAAGAGGCCGUGGAUCAUCGUGGGCGGACAUCGACCCAUCUACUCGAGCAGCGGAGGCUACUCCGACCUCGAGGGCAACCCCACCAACGGCAACGCGGCGACGCUCCAGAAGACGUUCGAGGACCUGUUCAUGAAGUACGGCGUCGACGCCUAUUUCACCGGACACGUCCACAGCUAUGAGCGGAACUAUCCGGCGUACAGGGGCAAGAAGGUGAGCGACUACACCAACCCGAAGGCCCCCGUGGGCAUCGUGGUGGGCAAUGCCGGCUGUGUGGAGGGCCUCACGGACCUGGACCCGUCCAAGUGGAACAACCCGGCGCCCUCCUGGUCGGCCUUCAGGUGGGGCACUGGGUGGGGCUACGGCAUCCUGGCGGUCGACAACCUCACCCUCAAGUGGGACUUCUACGACGCCUCCACCCAGUCCAUCAUUGACUCCGUUACCAUCACCAAGACCCUGUGA